AUGGCAUCGAAGCACCACCCGCACCUGGUGCGGCUGCUGGGGUACUGUGUGGACGUGGAUGCGGUCACAGCCACCAUGGAGCAAGUGCUCGUGUAUGAAUUCAUGGAGAAUGGUGACCUUGAGGCCUGGAUUGGACCCGAAUGCAGCUGCCUUGCUCAACAGAAUCCCCAGGCCGCUGACAGCGCAGAAACAGCCGCUGACUAUGCAUGUUCAAUGCCUAGCCUCCUGCCGCUCGCCCUUCCUUGCUGCCUGCCAGCUGCCCCCAGGCUGCUGACAGCGCAACAGCGGCUGGAUGUGCUGAUAGGAGCGGCUCAAGGGCUGCAGUACUUGCAUGAGUUUGGCAUCGUGCAUCGCGACAUCAAGCCUGCCAACAUACUCCUUGACUCCAAGAUGCAGGCUCGAAUUGCAGACUUUGGCCUUGUGAGGCUGGGGAGCGGCACUUCGGCGACCGCCACUCGAGUGAUGGGCACACCAGGCUAUGUGGACCCUGCCUACUUCAAGACACAGAAAGCCACUCCUGCAGCAGACGUGCACAGUUUUGGUGUGGUGAUGCUGGUUGUGAUCACGGCACGCAAGGCCAUUCACAUGGACGAUGGUGGCCAGACCACGCUCAAGCACUGGGUGGCUCCACUGGUGGCCUCCAAUGCUGUGGCGACAUUCAAGGACCCUCAAUUGGAAGCAUCGGACGAUCUGGUGCUGCGCAUGGCUCGCCUUGCCCUCAGCUGCACCGCCAUGCCCACUGCCUCCCGCCCCUCCAUGAUUCGCAUUCUGGCUGAACUCCAGCAGAUGAAGAGUGAUUUCUUUGGAAUUGACCCUGACAGGGCAGCAAACCGCAUCGAUAGAGAGCUUGCCAUUGGAGUGGGUGCUAGUUUCACCGCUGAGAUUGCUCGUGCAGAGAACUUAGGUAUUCUCGGCGGGUCUUCUGGCAGUGCAUAA